AUGCAGUUAAACAAUCAAUCUAAACCUGUAUUCAAAUUGGAUCUAGAAAAAUUGAAUGAAUAUCCAAAUAUAGAUUAUAUAUCAAAUUGUAAAUCAAAAAGUAGUGAAACAAAUUGGGUUGAACGUUUAAAAGAAAUUGAAGAAGAAAAUGUCAGACUAAGAGAGGUCAAUGAACAAUUAUCUCGUACUCUUAGUAUGACUACUAGAUCUUUAUCCUUUAGAAAUAAUACUAUGAAACCAUUAUUACUUCAAAAUAAUACAUUUCAAGUUAUUCGAACUAAUCAAUUUAGUUCUUUAACGUCAAGGGAUACAAUAACAAAUCCACUAGCUAAAAAUAUUAAAGAAACAAUAAAUAGAGCAUUGGGUGAAAGGACUGAAAUAGCUUUAUCAGUAAAUAUAUAUGGUGAAGAAUAUUACUUAGGAUUAGAACCAACAUCAAAAUCUAAUGCUGCUAGAGUAGUUCUACUUAGAACACCAUCUUUUUGGAAAAUACAUAAGCUACCCCAAUUUUGGUUAGGAUUAUCAAAUAUUGUUUCUUCAGUUAUUAACAAGGGUCUUUUAAAAACACUAAGUUAUUGGUCAUUUUUACCGAAUCCCCCUAAUUCUACAGAAUAUGAAAAAGAAUGGGAAGCUAUAAAUUUAAAAUAUAUAGGACCAAAUACAAGAUUUAAGGGAUAUUCUCUAAUAGCUAAUGAUGAUGGUUUAUUUGUUUGUUUACAAAGUAAAGAGGAUUCUUAUGAAACUGUAUUUUAUUCUAAUAAAUUACAUAAACAAAAUCUUACUUUGUUUAACAAUAACAUGGAAGAUUAUACUGAAUCAUUCCUUAAUUUACUUCAUGCUAGUACUCAACAAUAUCUAAAUCUAGACCCUCGUGGAAAUUAUCGUCAAGGUAUAUCAAUAAAACUUUCUGAUAAUAAUAAAAAUCAACUUUUAUUUAAAGAAAUAACUACAGAUACAGUUUUAACUACACAACUAAUGCAACAAUCAACUAAUUAUACAUCUUUAGAAUCUGAACUAAGUACCUAUAAAGAAAUUAAUUCUUAUAACUUUAAUAAAGAUAAAGAUAUUUAUACAACUAAAACUACUAGAACUGUAGAACCUUGUUCUUCAAUUGGGGAAGUGAAAUCAAAUUAUAAUUUAAUUUUAGGUUCAUCACUAUUACCUAAAAGUAAUAAUAUUGAUCAUGGGACUCCAAAAUCUUUAAGUGAUAAUAAUCCAUAUUCUUUAUAUUCAGAAAAUAAUUCUAUUAUGGCUCCAAUAGAUAAUAAUUUGCAUACAAAUAUUUAUCCUCAAACAAUUAAGGAAUCAAGCCCAAUAUGUUCUCCUAGAAUCCGUGCUCAUAAUGUACUUCCUUCACAACAUUCUUUAGUAUCAGAUUAUCAUGAAGUUCCUCUUAAUAGAAGGUUGAAUAUAGUUUAUGUCCCAUCGACUACUCCAGUACUUGUACAUGAUUUAGUAGAUUCAGAAGAUGAUUUUGAAUCAGUAAGUAGCACAGAUAGACGCCAAAUUAGUGAUGUAGAGCUUGAAUAUUUUGAAUAUAGUAAUCAAUAUACUUCUGAGGUUAAAUUUGGUUCAUUAAAUUAA